AUGGGUGAAAGUAAUCCUAGUUCUUAUGAAACCUUUGGAAUGAGUCACACAAAGGAGCAAAAUCCCCUUUCUCAGCCUUUGAGAGUUGAAACGGAUGAUACGGUACACCCAGGAGAUACCAAUUAUUUUGAAGAAGAAGUAAAUAAUUUUAACCAAACCAAUAAUAAUGAUAACACAGACUCACUGGGCCCACUUCCUCCAAAAUGGGAAAAAGCUUACACAGAAAGUGGAGAGGUGUAUUUUAUUGACCAUUCUACUGGAACAUCACACUGGCUAGAUCCAAGAUUGUCCAAGUUUCAAAAGAAAACACUAGAAGACUGUUUGGAUGAUGAGUUGCCCUAUGGUUGGGAAAAAAUUAGUGAUCCCCAUUAUGGCACCUAUUUUAUAGAUCAUGUUAAUAGAAGAACUCAGUAUGAGAAUCCUGUUAUACAAGCAAAGAGGGCAGCUUCUCAGGCAUCUGCUAGAGUUAGCAGAACAUCAUUUACAAAAGAUCCAUCUGAGCUUUGUGGGCAGCGUUUUAAAACUUCACUGGUGAAAUCCUCUCGAGGCUUAGGUUUUACUAUUGUAGGAGGAGAUGAUGGGAUUGAUGAAUUUCUUCAAAUAAAGUCUGUGGUGCCUAAAGGACCAGCAUGGUUGGAUGGACAUUUACAAACAGGAGAUGUAAUAGUAUAUGUUAAUGAUACUUGUGUUUUGGGUUACACUCACAAUCAGAUUGUUAGAUUAUUUCAGUGUAUAAGUGUAGGUUCCACUGUAGCAUUGGAGGUUUGUAGAGGGUAUCCCUUACCCUUUGAUCCCAAUGAUCCCAACACAGAAGUAGUAACUACUAUAGCUGUAGACACACAUAUACAGCCUGUAUCAAAUGAAAAAUGUUUAGUAGAUACUAAUUAUAAUUUUGUAGAGGGGGAAGAAGUGUCACCUAAUGAUAAGACUAUUUUAGAUUCUAGUAAUGAUAUAGAUGAUCUCUUAAAGGGUAUGGGAAAUAUUACUGUAGGUAGAAUAGAUGUUAAAGUAAAGAUAGUGAAAGGACAUUUGGGCUUUGGGUUUACAAUCGCUGAUAGUGCAUGUGGACAAAGAGUUAAAAAAAUUCUUGACCAUCAACGUUGUAAAAACUUACAAGAAGGUGAUAUACUUGUAGAAAUAAAUGAUAUACCUUUGCAAAAUAUGUCACAUGAUGAAGUAGUUCAAGUCCUAAAAAACUGCCCCUACAAUAGUGAAGCUCUAAUAUAUGUUCAAAGAGGAUGUUCAACAAAAACACCAACUAUUAGGUAUAAGUCUAGGAAGUUAGAUAUUCGCUUUAAUGGUAAAGAUUUUAGUAGUGCUUAUAGAAGUAAAACACCCACAGCUGACAUAUACAGUACUCAAACUAGGGAAGUUUUGCCCAGUAGACCGAAGACUCCAUUAGUAGAUACAAGAGGUUUAUCAAAGACGUCUGUUAAAGAUAUUAAUUCGAAUUCAAAUAAUGAUAUAUUUAAACGUGACUAUGACAAUAUUACCCCCGACAGAUCUCGAUUACGUUUGUCUUUGAUAGAUAAUCAUGAAGAUGAUGUAGACUUACUUGUGGAAAACCAAAAUAAAUCUAUGGGAGAAUGCUCAGCUCAAUUAGAUAACAAGUUUAGUUUGUAUAAUCCAAUUCCUCAUAGAUAUGAUUGCUCCUGUGCAUAUUGCUCAAAUCUUAGACCCAGUAUUGUGGAACCCCUAGAUACGUAUGAAAAUGCCAAAAAGUUCAACGGAAAUGAAUGGUGGUAUCCUUCACAUAAUGUUGAAUACCUUACUACUGCCGUUACGUUAAACAGACAGGAAACUGGAUUUGGUUUCAGAAUUAUAGGAGGAAUUGAAGAUAAAUCUCAAGUUGCUGUGGGACACAUAGUACCAGGUGGAGCAGCUGAUGGAGAUGGAAGAAUACAAUCUGGAGAUGAAAUAGUCAGUGUAGAAGGCUAUUCAGUGAUAAAAGCUUCUCACCGCCAAGUAGUCCAAUUAAUAAAUGCAGCAGCAGCUAGAGGACAGGUUAGCCUUAUCCUUAGAAGACGCAUGAACCCCCAAAUGCCUAUUAAUGCGGGGUACUGGUCUCCUGAAAACCACUCGCAGCUACCGGCGGUUAAUAUGACUUUGAUGCCUGCUAGUUCACAUCUUGCAUCUACAUACGAGAUUACUGUACAGAGGACUGAGAAUGAAGGCUUUGGUUUUGUUAUUAUAUCGUCUGCAAACAAAAUUGGAUCUACAAUUGGUCGCCUCAUUGAGGACAGCCCAGCUGAACGAUGUGGAAGAUUGAGAAUUGGGGAUUACAUAGUAGCUGUAAACCACAUAGAUAUUAUGCAUUUAAGUCACGGCGAUAUCGUGAAUUUAAUCAAAGAGUCUGGUCUCUCAGUCACAUUAACAAUUGCUUCAAAUCCAGAUCUUUGA